AUGGACACUCUUAAUCAAAACAACCAAAAUACACCUCCUCCACAUACCGCUACACCACUUACACUUAUGAGUGAAGAAGAAAAAAAAUUAAGAUAUUUCAAGACCCAAUUGUUUCAAUCAGAAUUUACUGACGAAGCAUAUUCAACUAAUAUGGCUAACUUAACAAAACAAAUAUUUGGAAAAAAAGAUCCAGAAAAGAGUAUAAUUGAAUCAGCUUUUAAAGAGUAUACUAAUACAGUAGAUUCAAAUAAAAAAAGAUUGAUUAUAAUUGAUAAAAUGAUAUACAAAAUUAGAACUUAUCUUCAUCUUCCUAGAAAUACAGAACAAGACAAUAUACUUAAAAAGAAAAUAGAAAAAUAUUUAAAUAAAAUUAAUGAAAAUAAAGAAGCAAAAGAAUUUAAAAUAAAAUUUGAUGAGUUUUCUAAAUUAGUGUCUUGUCAAAACAUUGGAGAACUUUCUAUUGAACAACAAAAAAAAGUUAUGGAAGCGGUUUCAUUUCUUUGGCCUUAUGAACGAGAUAGAAGAAAACAAAUUGAAAUAUGGGAAGAAGAUAUUGGAAAAAUAUAUGAUUGUUUAUCUAUGGAGACUAGUUAUUUUACUAAAAUAUCUUUAAAAGAUCAAUUAAAAACGUUAAAACGUAUUUAUGAAAGAUUUUUCAUUUCUGAAAAUUUUGAAGAAGAAUAUGAACGUGCUAUUAAUAUGCAAAAGAAAGUUUGGAAUUUGAAUAACACAUCUAAGAAAUAUCUUAUGAAAAUUACUUCUUUAUUCUUUUCUAUUAAAUCAAUUCCAACAGAAUAUAAUCAAUUAUUAUUAUCAAUAUUAGAAUCAUAUAAACAACGUAUUAAUGAAUUAAAUAAUAUUUAUGUAACAUAUAAUGAUAUUAUUCAAUACCAAUGGUCAUUGUUAACAAAAAUUAAAGUUGAAUUACUUAAUUUGAGUUCAAUUGAAAUUGGUUGUAAAAAAAGAUGUGACGUUCUUAAUAAAAUGAUUAAAGGAGAAAAAGAAUUAAACCCAGUUGAUGAUGUAUCUAUAUUCAUUGAAUAUGAAUUACUUGAUGUAGAAUUUCUUUCUAUUAUGAAAUUUUGUAGAGGAGAAUCAAUCUAUGUAGAAAGUUCAAGCGAAAGCUCUGAGACAUCAAGUGAUUCUAUAAAUUCAAUAAAUGAUAAUGAUGAUGGGUCUGUUGUUAUUGAGAAAAAAGAAAAAAUAACUUCAUCCUCAGAAGGUUCUGAUUCAUCUGUAAAUUGUAGUGGAGAAAGUGGUUCUAUUGUUAUUAAGAAUAAGAAAGAAGGUUUAACUUCAUCAUCUGAAAAUUCUAUUGCCCAAAUUUAA